AUGCCUUAUGAAAAGCACAGGUUCUCAACCGCUGCAGCUUUAAUCAAAGGCGGUACUCGUUUGGAGCGAUUGUUUGUAGGGCAAAAGAAUGAAAAGACUUAUCAAGAACGCAGAACACAGGGUUAUAUUUGUACUUUGCGAAUCAAGGAUCCUAGCCUCUUGGACAAAUUUCGUCAAAAUCAAUGCCAAGCGCAGAUCGCGAUCUGA